AUGUGUAUAUUGAUCGGUUGUCUCCAAAUUCCCUUGUUCGGAGGAGCUGCUAUUUGCCAGCUGCUCUUUGGGGCGCACUGCUACUCCCCUCGCACUGUGCUUAGCAGAAGUGCUGUUUGUGACUGCACCCUUUGCAAGAGGUAUGACGUCCGUGUUUCAAAUGGAAUAUUUGGGAGAUGUCAGCGAGUGCCAAUAAUAGACAUAUAUAAAUAUGACAUUUCACCCCAUGUUCUUCAGCGCCUAAGGAUCAUCCUAGAGAAGCUGUCACACAGAGGUUUUACCUGGCAAGAUGAUUACACACAACAUGUUAUUGGUCAGGAACUCUCAACCAUUCAUAAAAUCCACAACAGACGCCCCAAUAUAUUUCCACCUGAAGCGUCUCGCGCAGGAAGGGCUUCAGGACAGAAUGCAGAUAAUGAAAGAAAUCAUAGUCUGGAAAAGGAUACAAAUUUGGCGAAGUCUCUUCAGCAAUAUCUCACAUAUCUAGGUAUUCUCUCCCAGUCUGCAGCUACAAAUCUGUAUCCAAGGAAGAAGAGUGACAAAGCUUCUGUCAAGAACCACAUCUAUAAUGAUCCCAUUAGGUACUACAUGAGGCAAAAGCCCAAAGAAAGCUCAUCUGCUUUGGCCCACACAUCCAUAUCCCCUCAACAGCACGCUGAAAAUCUUCGUGGAAAGACCUUCAGCCAGCCAACACCAGACAAACUCCUGCCAGAGUCAGAAAUGGAGCUUGACCAAAAAACUCUGAUAGCCGCGCUACACACGUACAUCAUGCAGAACUUGUCAGCACAAAGCAAUGAUAAAAGCCCUCUCAGCAGGACUACAGGGUCUCACGAUUAUGCUGACAGGCUCCACCCUUCUCAAGUCAGUCAUUUUGAUGGAACUUUUACCAAAGGAAAAGCAGAAGAUUUUGAAAUGAAGAAACUGUUGCAGCCAAGACCUGCACAAGGAGUUCUGGGGCCAAGUUCAGAGAUUCUGAAUCAAAAAUCUUCUUCCCAGGACAAACCAAAGGACUCUCUGAGUGCAAUGGAUGAAACACUUAUUAAGGAUGUACUGAAGGACCUGGAGAAACAUUGGGUGAAUGUGGAGAACCUGAGCUCAUUGGAAGUGGAUGAGAUUGCUGAUACUCUUGCUGAUGCAAUUCAAGCCGUUGACAUACAUGAAGAAAGGGAAGAGGGUGCUGGAAAAACUAGAGAAGAUGAAACAGAAGGAGAAAGGAAGAAAGGAGAUGCACAAGGAAGGGCAGAGGUUCAGCCUGCAUUAAUGGAGAACAGUGUUAACAUAGCAGAUAACGAAGUACGUGAAGCCAGCACCAGAACUGAUAAAAAGGAGAACACUGCAAAACUAGUUAACUUCUUGAAUGAGAAUGCAUUACCUGAAAAUAUGCCUAAAGAAAUUAUACAUGAAGAAUCUACUAAGACAGAAACCAAGAAAUCUGAAGAUACUGACUCUCCCUCUUCUUCCUCAGAAGAAAUAAAUGCUGGUGUGGAAAACGUAAAAAGUGAGACUUUCUCAAGGGAACUGACAGAUGCAAGGAACACUGAAUUUGACUCUAAAGAGCCGAGUGAGACCCACUAUUGGAUUCAGAAUGCUUUAAUGAAGGAUGAAAACCCCUAUGAAGAUCCUCAGAAAAAGAUGGGACACGACUUACAGCUUGAAGUGAAGUAUUCCAAGGAGAAAGACUAUGGCUAUAUUGUAACAGCGAAAGACCCCCUGAGUGUGGAAAAGGGCUUGGAGUUAAUAAAGGAAGUGGCAGAUCUCCUGAAGCUGCAGAUGAGUGCCUUCGAUGAUGUCAACAUGCUGGGACCAGCUGUGACCUUCAGAGUGCACUCAAACCGCCAGAACAUUUCAGCUACAGAUGUUGCCAAAGCAGCAGCUAUAAACAAAGAGAAGCUUGAAAAAACAACUGGACUGAAAAUUCUGCAGACUGGCGUGGGGGAGAAAAGCACCGUCCCGCCGCUGCCGCGGCGCGGGGAAGAGGCAGAGUCGGCCAAAUUCCUCCUCCUCACCCUCCUCUCCCUCGCCUGCAUCGGCGGCGUCCUGGCGGCGGCCGCGGCCGCGUACUGCCUGCGGCACCGCGCGCACCGCGGCCUCGCCGCGAAGCUCUCGGCCCUGGGCGCCGACGCCGGCUCCGACGCCACCGCCGCCUACCAGGAGCUAUGCCGUCAGCGUAUGGCAGUAAAAACAUCUGAUCGCCCAGAGCCCCUGCAUGCUUCUCGAAUAAAUAGUGUUUCUUCACAAUUUAGUGAUGGGCCGAUUCCCAGCCCCUCGGCUCGGAGCAGCACGUCAUCCUGGUGUGAAGAACCGGUCCAGUCCAACAUGGACAUCUCCACCGGUCACAUGAUCCUGUCCUACAUGGAAGAUCAUCUGAAAAAUAAGAAUCGUCUGGAGAAAGAGUGGGAAGCUCUUUGUGCUUAUCAGGCUGAACCCAAUGCCACCACCAUUGCACAGCGGUCGGAAAAUACUCAGAAGAAUCGCUCACAGGCUGUAGUACCAUAUGAUCAUUCCAGGAUAUGUUUGAAAGCUGAAAAUAGCCAUGACAAUUCAGACUACAUCAAUGCUAGCCCAAUUAUGGACCAUGACCCCCGAAACCCUGCAUAUAUUGCCACCCAGGGCCCUCUUCCUGCUACUGGUGCUGACUUCUGGCAGAUGGUCUGGGAGAACGGCUGUGUCGUUAUUGUCAUGCUGACACCCCUUACAGAAAAUGGCAUCAAACAGUGCUACCACUAUUGGCCAGAUGAAGGGUCAAAUCUCUACCACAUCUACGAGGUGAACCUGGUCUCUGAACACAUCUGGUGCGAGGAUUUCCUCGUGAGGAGCUUCUACCUGAAAAACCUGCAGACGAACGAGACCCGGACAGUGACGCAGUUCCAUUUCCUUAGCUGGAAUGAUCAGAAAGUUCCUGCUUCUACAAGAUCACUUCUGGAUUUUCGCAGAAAAGUAAACAAGUGCUACAGGGGUCGCUCUUGUCCAGUAGUUGUUCAUUGCAGUGACGGUGCAGGAAGAAGUGGAACCUACAUUCUAAUUGACAUGGUUCUCAACAAAAUGGCCAAAGGUGCUAAAGAGAUUGAUAUUGCUGCUACCCUGGAGCACUUGAGGGACCAGAGACCAGGCAUGGUCCAGACAAAGGAGCAGUUUGAGUUUGCUUUGACAGCAGUUGCAGAGGAAGUGAAUGCAAUACUCAAGGCACUUCCACAGUGACCGGCCCAGGCUCCUAAAGGCUCCCUGAGGAUCCAGCCCUCUUUUCCUUA